AAACCUAACACAACAAUACCUGCUCAUGCAAGUCCCCUGGCAGCGCUUACAUUUGAUGAUAGUGGACAAAAACUUGCUACAGCUUCAGUUAAGGGAACUGUGAUACGCAUCUUUUCUUUAGAAACUGAUAGGAUUUUGUUUGAAUUUCGACGUGGAGUAAAGAGGUAUGCUGAAAUAUAUUGCCUAUCUUUCGACAUAAAUUCACAGUUUUUAUGUGCAUCUAGUAAUACUGAAACAGUUCACAUUUUCAAAUUAAGUGCCGAAGAAACAGUUGAGCCCUAUGAUGAAGAAAGUGAAAGUUGGAUGGAUAAAAUUGGUAAAGUAUUGACCGUGUCUGCUCAGUACUUACCUGCUCAAAUGUCUGAUGUUUUUACUCAGCAGAGGUCUUUUGCAUAUGUCCAUCUUCCUUUUUGUGGCCAGAAAACAGUCUGUGCUAUAUCUGUAAUAAAAAAUCAACCUUAUGUUAUGGUUGCUUCUCUGGAAGGUAUUUUGUACAUAUAUGAAUUAAAUACUGAAGUUGGUGGUGCUUGUCAAUUAGUAAAGCAACAUAGAAUAGAAGGACCUUUGCAACCAUACAUGGUACCAUGUUCCUGUUUUAGUUCAAAAAGUGACGCAGAAAUAAAAGAAAUGGAAGGCAAAGGGAGAAAAGAAUCUGUAUCACAACCUAUUCAUUUUGAUGAAAUGCUUCCUGAUAAACCAGUAUCAGUGAUUGCUACUAAUGAGCUUCCACCAAUUUUGAAUACUGUUGAAUGAUCAAAGAUGAUAUUCUGCACUAGGAGAACAAUUUUCACAUUCACUCUAUUUCAUUUGAAUUUUCUGAACUUCGGCUAGAGUUGCAAUAGAAACAAGUUGUAUAUAAAGGAAAUUAAAUGUUAUUUCUGCCAAACUAUUUGUUAUUACAGAUUUUAAAAAUGUACAUAGCAACAUUAUAUGGGGGUGGAAAAGUCACAUUAGAGUGCUGUAGCAUUUUUGUAAAAAUUCCAGUGUUUUGUAUUUUCAUUUGCUUGUUAUGUAAAUUUUGUGAUAUUUUGUGAUAAUAUAUCUCUUCAUAUAUUUUAUGCAAUGUAUACUUAAUUCAUGAGAUUCUGUUUUAAUUUAAGUAGUAUUAAACUAUUUUUAAAUUAAAACAACUUGACGCCUUCUUUCAAACAUGUUUCAGAAACCUGCUGUUUAAAAUUGCUUGGGGAAUUUAAAAAAAUGCUGAUUUUUGAA